AUGGCAGAGGAAGUGCUAAUUGGACAUCGAAAUGAAGCUUUUGAGUAUAUGGGCGAAAGGACGGAUGAUAUUAUAACUACGGAAUCAGGCUUCAUACCCCCCACCAGCAUUCCUCAUGUACGGUACCGACUCAAACGACAGACCUGCGGGCUUACCACAGAAGGUACCAGCAAUUCAGGGGAUGAAGUUGAUGAGAUGAAGAAACUAGACGAGAGUCCAUCAGGAGAUUUACCGUUGUCAUGGUUGGGCCGUGUCAGGAAAAUAUUUCAAGGAGAUUUCGGAUCAUUAUGCCUUCUAACUUUUCUCUAUUUGCUGCAGGGCAUCCCUUUAGGUUUAAUCGCAGCCAUUCCACUUGUACUGUCCAGUAAACAUGUGUCAUAUGGUCAGCAAGCUGUUUUUUCAUUUGCAUAUUGGCCUUUCAGCGUAAAAUUGCUUUGGGCACCAAUUGUGGAUUCAGUUUACUGGAGACGUAUAGGUCGUCGGAAAUCGUGGAUGGUUCCAUGUCAGUAUCUUAUUGGCAUUUUUAUGCUUCUAUUAUCGUAUCGAGUUUCUGAAAUUAUGGGUGAUGGUGGUGCAGAUUCAAAGCCACCAAAUGUGCUGUUAUUGAUGUUUUUAUUUCUACCAUUGAAUUUCCUUGCUGCUACGCAGGAUAUAGCUGUGGAUGGCUGGGCGCUUACCAUGCUUUCUAGGGAAAAUGUCGGACAUGCAUCGACUUGUAAUGCAGCCGGUCAAACAGUUGGCUUUUUCUUGGGGAAUGUCAUGUUUUUGACGCUCGAUUCACCCGAUUUUGCUAAUCGUUUCUUCCGCAAUAAGCCGGAACCAUUUGGCUUAGUAAACUUGUCCGGUUUCAUAUUUUUCUGGGGAUGGGUAUUUCUGAUCACGACAACACUGGUACUCGUUUUCAAAAAAGAAGUUGAUCAUUCCAUCGCAGAUAAGGAUGAUAUUGAUAAUAAGAAUGAAAAGCUAGAGCUAGGAAUCUUCCAAACUUAUGCUGUCUUGUGGAAGAUCUUGCGACUGAACCCAGUAGUCUGGAUGGUCAUCGUAUUGCUCACCGGAAAGUUCGCAUUUGCGGCUACCGAUGGCAUCACGAGUUUAAAGUUAAUUAGUAUGGGUAUGCCGAAGGAUAAGCUCUCCAGUAUUGCUCUAUUUUUGAUACCUCUGCAGAUAUUGGUGCCGUGGGUAGUUGGCAAAUAUAUAGCCGGUCCACGACCUCUGAAUAUUUUUCUUCUUGCCUAUCCUUAUAGGAUAUUCUUGAGUGGAGUAUUUGCAGCAAUGAUUUGGUGCACACCUUCACUGUCCUCUGAGAACUUCCCAGUGUUGCUUUAUGCCGUUUGGAUCGUAGCAUACUGCUUCCAUCAGGUAGCAUCCUACAGCAUGUUCGUAUCACUUAUGGCAUUCUUUGCCCAGGUAUCAGAUCCAGCAAUUGGAGGCACGUAUAUGACUUUGCUCAACACACUCAGUAAUUUAGGCGGCAACUGGCCCGUUACACUUAUUCUUUCGCUUACAGACCAUUUCACUUUUAAAAAUUGUGUUGUUAGAGGGACCAAAACCAUUCUUGGUUCAUGCAAUACUGAACUGUCAAUGAAUCAAUGCACAGCGAAAGGAAAUGUUUGCGAACUGGCCGUGGAUGGAUAUUACAUCGCUGUUGCACUGUGUUCUUUUGUUGGAAUUAUUUGGUACAAAUUGUUCUUUAAUAAAAUUAGGUAUUUCCAGGAAAUACCACGGAAAGAUUGGAGAAUAAUAAAACGAUAAAUUAAGGAGCAGCAUUCAAAUAUUUUUGCGAAGUUUAAAAUGUCACAUUCGUUUUCAAUCUGCAAAUAACAAGAUAUAUUUUAGAUUAGCGUUUUAUUUUGCUAAUUGUCAAGCCACGUCACAAUUUUUUGACUUGUGGAAUUCAUUUGUUCUACUAUUACUUUUAAUUAAAUCACGAAAGAAGAUUUGUCGCAUUGUUAUUAAUUCCUUUUAUUGCAUUAUGCAUUUAAAUUAUUUUUUCGCUAUUUCCAUAUUCUACCCUAAUCUGUCUCAUUUUUUGUAUUGAUAGCUCUGGAGACUGCAGAAGGCAGCACAUCAUUUUCCUCUUACGACUUUUAUCUUUUUUUAUCUUCAAACUGUGCUUUCCAAAUUGUUAAUUUACAUUCCUUUUGGUGGAUCAACUUUUAAAAUAUCCGGUAUUCUUAAUGAUUUGUGGUUAACAAAAGUUGCAUAACAUCUAAUGCGCCAGUUUCAGUCGAUGAAGCAGUGGCUAGCAGUGAAAUAACUGUAUUCUAAGAUUUCCUAAUUUAAGAUGUAACUAAAUGUUUAUUUUAUUUCGUUUCGUCAAAAAUUUCUGCGCUCAUGAUGUUUUAUCAUAAACCAAAAAUUUAUACUACGGUAGAAGAUAUCCGUUUUUUUCAAAUUAUAUUGUCUACGCCGCUUUCUUGUUUUCGAUCUGUCACAUUUCCGGUGUAAUUGAGAUUGUGGUAGUAAUGACUCGACCUGUGUCAUUAUUGUUUUGUCAUCAUCUAAUAGUUGUUUAUUUUUGUAGAAUGAACGAACGUUGCAUUCUAUAAACAUUAUUUUAUAAUCCCUCGAACACUUGAAUAUAUGAGCUGCUUGUAUGCCAGUUUUUUGUUGUUUUUAUUCUUAAUGACUGUUGCUAUAACACAUAUUUAGUAUGUCUGUUGUAAAACAGGUUGAAAGCUGUUUGAAUACGAUUAAAUGUAUGUGCUCGACUUUUACUCUGCUUUUAUCCAUUUUAUAAAGAAAUGGAAUUCAG